AUGUUUUAUCAAGGUUCCCUGCAGGAGGGGAUCUCGACUGCCGUCGGGCAGCAGAAGCUAGUCCUGUGCUUCGUCACCGGUACGCACAGCACGGACAGUUACAGCGCUAAGCAAUACCAUGAGAAUGAUGAGAGUCAAAAAUGGGAGAAUGAUUCCUCUGUUUUCUCCAAGCUCAACACCUUGAUCAAGAAUCAGGCCGUCGCCCUCCGACUCAGAGCUGGUUCCGAGGAGGCAGGCUACCUGGCGCAGAUAUUCCCGCUACCGCAGACCCCGACGGUUGUGAUCAUCAAGAACGGCGAACUCAAGGAGUACAUCACGCCCGGCGUGAGCCAGGACGACUUCACGCGACGCAUCCACACGGCAUUCAGCGCCCAGCCGACGACGGCGUCGCAACAUCAGGAGCCCUCAUCAUCGUCUCCCGCCCAGACGCAGAACGACGACCCUCCGCCGACACGAUAUGCACAGGAGUCGGAGCAGUCGGAAAAUGUGCGCCGGGUCCUGGCCGAACGGGCUGCAAGGCUCCAGGCGGAGAAGGAAGAGGCGGAGCGCAAGGCUAAGGAGGAGCGUGCCAAGGCGAAGGAGAGGGCCAAGGCCGAGGCUGAGGCGGGGGCCGACAGCGACGCUGCCAGGGCCCACAAGCAGGCCGAGCUGCUCAAGAAGCGGAAGAAGAAGGAAGACAGCGAGCGCAGGCGGAUCCUCCAGAGGAUCGAGGCGGACAGGGAAGAGCGUCGCCAGGUCGCGGCCGAACGUCGGAGGCAGAGGGCUAGCGGGGGCAGCGAGAGGAGCAGCGUGGACGCCAUGUCUCUGUCUCCGGACUCCAGGACGACCACCAGCUCUUCGCGGCUGAGCUCGACGACUGCCCUCCAGAUCCGGCUUUUUGACGGUUCAACCAUGCGGUCGAGGUUCCCGACCGAGUCGACGACGCUCAAGGACGUGCGCAGGUGGGUCGACGAGGGCCGCAACGAUGGCGCCUUGCCCUACACGUUUAAGCAGGUCCUCACCCCGAUGCCCAACCGCAACAUUGACGAGACGGAGGAGUCGAGGGACCUGGGGGACCUGCAGCUGUCGCCCUCGUCGACGCUGGUCCUCAUCCCCGUGCAGAGGUAUGCUUCGGCCUACGGAGGCGGCGCCGGGCCGGACAGCAACCUCUUUGUGCGUAUUAUCCGCCUCCUACUCGGAUCACUCGCCUGGAUACUCGCCAUGAUUGGUCUCGGGGGGGUAGGCGCAAGGGCAUCUCACGAGCCGACGUCUAGUCAACGGCAGUCAGGUGGCGACACGCCCCCUCAGGUUCGCCAUUCGCGGGUCGCGGGGUUCCAGAACCCAGAAGACAGGCGGCGAGAUCAACAGCUCUAUAAUGGGAAUUCUCUGAAUUUUGAGCCGAAUCCGGAUGACGAGGAGAAGCGAUGA